CACACUCAUGUUGUGAUGUUACAGUAUGGGAGUAGAGCCUAAGAUGGGCCCCCCACCACCGCUGCAGCAACUGCUGUGUAUGCUGUCAUUGCUGCUGACGGUGAGUGUGUCAGCACUGUCCUCCAGUAACAAGCCUCUGCAGCCUCUCACACUCAUGAAGAAAUCAGCAGCAGCCAUCUCUGCCGACUACCCAGACUACCAAAUUGGCGUUAAAUACGACGAAUAUCCGGUCGUGGUGCCGAAAAGAGCUGCUGUGCUGCUGGAUAGAAUCAUGGUAGCUCUGCAGAAGGCUGUGGAUGAGGACACUCUUGGACCCCGAAAGAUGGACCUAGAAAGGAGAGGACGUAAGGAAGGAGGACGUGUAUACUGGAGAUGUUACUUCAACGCCGUCACCUGCUUCUAGACCUGCUCCGGACAUUUCUGUGUUCCUACAUUCUAAAUUGUAUCUUCUACGUUUAUUUUGGCAGCUUUUUAUUGCAUAAUCGAGAAAACUAUCUAAGUAAUCAAAGUUGUAGAGGUCAUCAUUAAUUGUCUAUUGUAUAGCAUGUGUUUGUAAAACUGAUUUAAUAUAGUUGUAUGUUUGACUAGGUAAUGUCGAUAAUUUAUUUGUGUAAGAACAUUUUAGGAACUGGUAUGUAUCGUAAUUCAUUUUGUGAUCUGUAUUGUUUUCUUCCUUCAAUAAAAUGUUGAUUAAACACAAGGA